AUGGGUUGCUGUCAGGGAUCGAGCGCUUCGCGGGUAGAGGCCGCCGCCGCGCCCUUGAAGGCAUCCAAGGCGAAGGCUCCGGUGUCUAAGGAUGUCAUUGACAAGAAGGUCGCCCAGGCCAAGUCUACGCGCGUCCUCGCACUGAGGGAGUCCCCUCCCCGGGUGAUUUGCGAGGGCGGCCGGGCUGGAUCCAAGAGGAGAAAGCUCCACUUUUACCAAGCGCAGGACGCUCUGAUCCACCUUGCUGAGACGGUACAGAAUAUUAUUGUGCAGCGUCGCGAGUUUGAAGGCGUCUCGGACGCACACUACGAUACUGUCAUCAGGUUUGGUCAGAUCACCGAACAGGUGGACGUAUAUCAUCCUGUUUGGGCCGACUUGGUCGAGUACUACCCGGAGCUGUGGACGGCGUUUGCAGACGUCACAGCUGAACCGGCGACUGGGUCGGGAGCGCGCUGGAGGCCGAAGGCAGCAGCCAAGGCGAAGGCCGCCGGAACAGGGGGUGCAGCUAGCAGCGCACCGCAGGAGGAGGAGCAGCCGGCCACAGCGUCAGCAGCAGCGCCCGCCGAGGGUGCAGCCGCGAGCGCACCGGCGCGGCCACCGACACCUCCGAAAGCACCGGCCCUUGGAAUAAGGGGACCCACGCGGGACCUUUACUACAGGGGCCGGAGCGACCCACUCAGGCGGAGAAGUGUGCCAGCAGAAGCAGAAGAGACGAUCGAAGAUUCUGGCGCACGUCCUUCAUCCGAGCCACCUGCAGCCGAAGGCGAGGUAGACCUCACAAGUGCUGGCGGCAACCCGCCCGAGGAUUCUUUGCGUGCUUCCCGGCGUGUGCGCACACCGCCGUCGAUAAGAACACAGGAGGAGUUACGCUUGGAAGAGCUUAGGCUUCGCGGCUCGGUGUUUGCCUCUUUUAGGGACGCCGAAGACGCGGAGCCCGAGCAGGGCGACCACCAGCAGGAGGCCACCGACGGGCAGGAGACCGAGGAGGUCGAGGUCGAAGUUGCCGUGGAAGACGACGGGGGUGCUGCCACAGGCGCACCGGACGACGCCCAGGCAGCAGAAGGCCGUGAGGCAGAAGGCGCCGAGGAGGAAGAAGCAGGAGAAGAAGACCCAACCGUUGAAGGGGUCCCUGCAGAAUCAGACGCGACAGUGUCACCGGUCCCCUCGGAAGCCGCAGCCCCGACCAGAGAAGUGCGCGUGAGUGUGGGCCGCGGCCGGGGUGUGACCCGAAGGCCGCUUAUCCUGGCACCCGCCACCGGGACGCAGAAGAAGCACUUAGUGCACCUGAUCCGUUUGAUUUGCCCAACGACGCGUGGAUCGACCCACAUUCUUACCGGGCGCACCGGCAACACCCAGGGCACCACCACAGAGAAGGCCGUUCCGACAGGGUCACGUGCACCGGCGACCAAGGAGAGCCUGCCAAAGGCGCGGCAGUCGCAGCCAAAGCUGCCCUCGAAGGUGCCACCCACAGAUAGGCACGGGGUAAAGUAUAAGUCCCCUCCUGUGCCGGCGCCACCCGCGCCAAAGGGGACGGCAGCACAGGCGGUGUUCAAGGGCCCGCCGCACGCUGUGUUUGUGGCUAGCAUCACCAGAGGUGGCCAGGAGCAGCCCAAAGCAACUUCCAAGGCUCCGCCGCCGAUUGUCACCGGCAACCGCCAGAAGCUAGCUUAUCACGCGUGGGCACAGCAGGCUAGAGACGAGGAGAACGCCCAGGCCGCAGCUUCAAGCGCGGCAGCUGCCAGUGCUUCCUCGCAAAGGGUGCUUGCUUCGCGCACCGAGGCCACGAUUGUCUUCGACUGGCACCACGUCUUAGACAAGGCCUGGAUCGAGUCCACAGGAGCUACCUGGGAGACCCGCCGUGGCUCCCACGGAUAUUUCAACCUUGAGUUUGUGGACGCGCUCAAAGCAUUCUGCGAGGAGCAUAAGCCACUCCGAUUGGCAAUUUUAAGCUAUAGCACACCCUCUUCAUCGGCGUGGUAUCGUCAUCAUUUCCUCGAAGAGGCCUUAGAGUGCUUGCGUUUGGUGUUGCCGCUGAGCAUCAACCUCAGCAUCGGCCAAACAUAUCAGCGCACUGGCCCCGACGGGAAGGCACAACAGUUGUGCCAGAUAGAGCCGCCAGCAAGUCUCAUUAUUGACGACAAUCGCGGCAUUAUAAAAGAGUGCGCGAAGACAGGCGCGCUCACUGUGCAGGCGCAGAAGGGUGGCGGCGUCGACCAGCUGAUCUUCGAGCUCAACCAGGCAAGCGCGUUGAUCAAGCGAACGGGGCGCAACAACCUCCCAAAGGCUCGCCACCUGGAGCCCCGCGAGCUCCUUUACGAGAGGCUGGCCGGCGAGAUGGAGAUCAUGCAGCGACGCCACGAGGAGGCAAUGGCCGUUAUGGCCGAGCGGAUGUGUGGCUCCAAGAACCACGCUGAGGAGGACUGUCCCGAGCUCACCUGUAACAGAGGUGAGGGCAAGGAUCCGUCGCGUGAUGGUGACGGGGCUGCAGCUUCAAGCGCGGCAGCUCCAAAGACCAACGCCGAGCUCGAAGAGGAUACCAUAAGGGUGAAGUCCCUAUCCGAUCUAUCCUUCCCAAACCCGCCGCAAAACGCAGCACAAGCUAGAGGGUUUGUGAAUCAGACGUUAAUGGCCAUUGGAAAACUUCAGAAGACCCCAGGCGAUGAGGUUUACAUCUGGGCACAGGAAUGCCUUAAGAGGGAACCCGAUGCACUUCGAAAGGAUGGGCGCUUUCCUCGCCUUGACCGCGAGAUCGCCGCUAAGCUCAUCAAGGUGUGUCGUCACGGUCGCUUUGGGCUGCUUUUCCAGCAGAUGGUCGAGUCUGAAAGGCUCAAGUCGGGUGGCAUGCCCAAUGGUCGCUGCAUGUUGCGCGCCAUUUAUCGGCACUUCCAGCUGGAACGUGACCGCAUGGGAAUGUUAGCAGAACGCAACCUUCUGAACAUUAAGAUUGGAGGGGAUGGUAUCUCUCAUCUGGAGGCAUUUCGUGAUAAGUAUCACUACGUCGCCAAUACCAUUCCUGUGGAGGAUCUACCCAAGGACAGUACGAUCUUCAAUCAUCUGAUCGAUGAGUUCGAUAAGGUUUCUGUUCUUAAGCCUAAGGUAGAGAAGGCAAGGGAGGCGAAGCCAGGUUCCCACCGUCGCACCGCCGCAUGGUUGUGGAAUCGCGUGGACAUUGCAAUUGACUUACACCAACAGCGUGUAAAUCGGCAGGAGUUCGAUAAGUCAUUGCAACAGAAGCCAGAAGCCCUGACUUCCACCUCGCAGCCUUCAAAGCCCAGUGUGCCAGCGACACCCGCUCCGGGUGCUGCCGCAGGCGCACCGAAGGGUGGAAACACCGACAAGCCGAAGAAGGAAAAGAAGCGGAAGAAGAAGAAAAAGAACAAGGACGAGGACGAACCCGAGGUUGAAGUUCCAGGUGCCCCUGCCCCGAAAGGCAAAGGCAAAGGUAAAGGCGACAAGGGCGGAAAGGGCAACGGCACACCGCGUACCCCGAAGGGUGGUGACACGACGCCUAGAUCUGCCCAGGCCAAGAGCGCCAGGAACAUGACCCCGGAGGAGAAGGCCAAGACGCCGUGUAUGUUUUGGGCGUUUGGGGCGUGCAAGGGUGAUCCCUGCCCGUUCCUUCACGACAGCAAAAACAAGUACACCGGUCCUAAGCCCAAGUCCCUCGCAAAACCAGAUGGCAAGAUCACCUGGCUCUGGGAUACGGCAGCAGGUAGGCACUUGAUAGGUCGCCAGGCGCUUUCGUCCAAGGCCCUUUCCUGUGUCACUCGCUCCGAGACGCCUGUGGGUUUUGCCACUGGCGGCGGCGCGCGUGAAGGAACUCACAGCCUAGCGUUUGAAGGCAGUCGCUUGCUUCCUUCAGAAGAACAGGUUUACGUGCUGAAGGAGUGCCCUCCAGCCUUUUCUGUAGGCAAGGCAGUCCUGGACGAGGGAUCACUUUUUGUGUGGGAUCCUCGCGAGCAUCGUCCAUACUUCGUGAAGAAGGAAGAUGUGCACCGCUGCAAGCUUCGAGUCCCGCGCAAAGCGAGGAUCAAUGCGACUAGGGUCGUAGAAUAUGUCCCUCAAUUCGAGGAGACAUUGCGCCCGGCAGUAAGAGAGCAGAGCUCAAGCCUGAGUCCCAUUACUGCCUCUGCUUCCCCAGCGCCAAGGGAUGAUGAUGCUGUUUCCUUCAGCGAUUUCGAGGUCGCCGAUCUUGAAGAAGCUGGAGCGAGCUAUCCUCGCACAACCUCUGGCGAUUACGAUUGGGAAGCAGACGUCGUAGAGAAGCAUGCAGAGAAGAAGGCUGAAGCGAAACGGCUUUUUCGCGAAGGCGCUGUAGGUGAGACAGCUGCCGGUGAGAGCUCCGAAGAAGAACUCUUUCCUGAACUCUUCAAGGAGAAGUCUGCUAGCACACAGCCGCCUGCCAAAGGUACACCUGCAAAGGAGGCUGCCUCAGGCGCCUCUAGUUCGCGUGAGGGGGCUGCUCCAAGCGCCCCUUCCACAGAGCAACCACCGCUGGUGCCACCUCCUCCAAUCUGUCACAUCGCCAAGACCACCUCAAUGCGUGUGGCUCACAAGCCCGAUGCCAAGGCAGAUGACAUGAUUGAUGUUCCCACUGCACCGUUUCAACAGCUCGCCACUGAUGAUGUCAUCAUGGCCAAAGGGCUUUUCCUAGGGUGGCGGAUAGACGCUGGUAUGCGCUAUCGCAAUGUUGUUAAGGUUCUUGAUUACAAUGACUUUCGCGGCAAACGCAACACAUCUGUUCAUGAUGUCCCAGAACCUGAGCUGUACAUCGAAGACGGUCCGCCCAUCUUCCCUGUUGCAAACGCUACCCGUAAGGCGCUAGUCGACGGCUCCACUUUGAGUGCUGCCUCUGGCGCACUGCCCGAGAUCCCAUUGCGGGAGAUUCCCUUUGCUCUUGAAAGCAUCGGGCCGCCGGCGCCCAGAACACCUGGUAAGGCCACAAAGCACACCGACACUUGCAGAGCACGCUUUGCCGAGCUUGUUAAAGCAGACAAGGAAGAGCUUGGAGUACCACACGUACGCCUCGCCAAAGAGACCUUGGACGUUGAGAACGAGCUUGCUCGAGGAAAGGAUCUUGAACUCACUGGGUUGUACACGCAAGAGAUGUGUGAGCGCAUUGCCUUUGCCAUCAACCCCAGUAGGGCCUUUAUCUCGGUACCUGCGAUGCCGAUCUUACCCACUUCCACAAAUUCAGAACACCGUGAAAAAGAGCAGGAACUGAAGCACGUUUCCGCACUCAGCGGAUACGAGGACCUAGCCGCAGUAAUAGAGUCUGACGAGGAAGCUUCUAAGCUCGUUGAGGAAGUCGUUGACCUCCAUGCCCUUAUGUGUGCAGUGCAUGGCAUACCUAAGGAAGCACCUUCCAAAGAGGUGUCCGCAAUGGUAACGAAACUUCUCUCUAGAGCGGAAAUGUUGUCUUCACCUGAGGCCCUUAAUGCGGUCAAGCAGGAAGCUGACGGUCUUCGCGCAGUCCCUGUGUGGGAUGAAACGAACCCACAAGAAUACGCUAGUGUCCAGGCACAGGCACGCCGCACAGGCACUAAGGUACACUUCGGUAAGCUAAUGAGCAUUGCCUCCAUCAAGUUUUGGGAGCUUGCCAAGCACCUUCAGAAGGUUAAGGGCCGAAUCGUGUAUCGAGGUGACUGUGCCAAGGACGAAGAGGGCGCCGCAGCGGUUUACAGAGAGUUAGGUGCAAACCCCACCUCUGUUCAGGGACUUAAUGCCUGCUUAGCUUACGGUAGCUUGCCCGGUCAUCAGUCCAGUGCCGCAGACGCCGUCAAAGCGUACGUGCAAGCUCUUCUAAAAUCCAAGUACCAGACUUGGAUAGAGUUGCCGCCUGAACUCCGUCCUUCCUGGUGGCGUGAGUGUUUCGCUCGUCCAGUGGUGCUGCUCUUACGCGCACUAUACGGUCACCCGGAAGCAGGCGGACUUUGGGAGAAGCACCUUAAAGGGGUUUUAAGAAGCAUGGGUGGACAAGAACUGCCGGAAUAUCCGGGUAACUUUUGGUUCCCUGAGACUAAACUCCUUCUUUCCACCUAUGUAGAUGAUCUUACCCUCUCUGGACCACAGGAGGAGCACCAACCCUUUUGGGAUGCUUUAUGUAAGGUUGUUGACGUAGAACCCCCGGAGCCUGUGUAUAGGAUCUUAGGCCGCAACCAUUGCACUAUCAACGCCGAGCCCGAAGGCACCGAGAAUGCUGCCCUAGGCGCAUUAAAGGGUGCCAUGGCGUUUGAUAUGUUUGAUUACGCACAGCAGACAGUAGACCUAUACAAGGGCCUUACUGGCCUUAAGACUCUAAAGCAUGCUGCCACACCUUUCGCUCCUGAGGCUUCACUUCCAGUAAGUCAAGAGGAGAUUGCUGGGGAGCUGGCUCCUAACGCAUGUAAGGUGCUGAUGAAGGCCCUUUGGCUAGGCAGACUUGCACGUCCUGACUUAGUCAAGCCGAUAGGUGACCUAGCGACCAAGGUGCAAAAGUGGUCGAGGAACGACGAUAAGAAGCUUCUUCGCUUGAUAAGCUAUAUCGAUUCCACGAAGACCCACCGCCUUGUAGGCACUGUGUCGGACGGGCCAAGGGAGCUGCAUCUUGCGCUCUACGUCGAUGCUGACUUUGCGGGGGAAAGGGAUGAUGCCAAGUCCACUAGUGGAGGUUUCUUAGUCCUUAAAGGUCCCAACACCUUCUUUCCCUUAGCAUGGGUGUCAAAGCGCCAGACUUCUGUGAGCCGAAGCACCACAGAAUCUGAGAUUGUGUCUCUAGCUCAUAGUCUUUUCCAAGAAGCGCUUCCAGCUUUGCAGCUCUGGCAAACGAUCCUCGACUACCCCAUAAGGUUAGUCAUUCAUGAGGACAACCAGGCUACGAUCCUUGUUGCGAAGAAGGGCUAUUCGCCAAAGCUUAGGCACAUAGCGCGCACCCACAAGGUCAAUUUGGGUUCAAUCUCCGAGGUGAUUGAGGAGGAUGAUGUAGAUAUUGAGUAUGUCGAUACGAACUUGCAGGCCGCCGACAUCUUCACCAAAGCACUUCCACCACAAAAGUGGGACAAUGCAUUGAAGUUGUUGGGCAUGCGCCAGAAACUCCCUGAGGUUUUGGUGGACACGAGACAGCUCAAGACUAAAGCCGGUAGUGGCCCUACCACCUCUUCCACUUCGGGUUCUAGUCCCAAGUAG